GUGACGAGUCGGAGCGAUUCUUUGGUCGACGCCGGGUCGUUCGGGGAAUGGUUACGCCCGCAGGUUCUAGGGACCGUCUCUGAAGAGACUACAUUGGAGGGAAACGGAGGCCGGCGGGAACACUAGGGGGAAGGGACCCGGGCCUUGAACAACUGCUGACUAAUCGGCGGGCGGCGGAGAAGGGGGUGGCGUGCCGACCGGUCGGCCGGGGUCACGCGCCGGAGGGCGAGCAGAAUGGCUCGGGCCUCGGCGGGAAGCUAGAGUACCGCCUGCCAGCCGAGGGCCCCACUCGGCCUUCGGGGGGCGGGGGGCGCGCUCCGCAGUGGAUGCCCAGGUCCUGCAAACGGCAGGGCUCAUUCAAAUCCUUGAGAGGGACCUGGAACAAAGCUACUGUCUUUCUUUUCAACGAACACAUACAAAGCAGGAGCUCUGUGCUAGGAGCACCCUGGGAAACUUGGCCGUGAGUGAGAGGAGCAUCCCUCCUCCCCCAGUUCAGAUCACCUGCCUAGAAAACUGGCCAAGCGGUACUCAUUAGAUAGGGUAGGCUCCAUGAUGGUGGGGGCGAGGGGCGCUUUGAGCUGGGCUUCAGAGGAUGAGUAGGAGUUUGCUGUUGGCGAAAUGGAGCGAAAGACAUUGCAGGCAGAGUUUUCCAUAUUUUUUCUGCAAGAGAGUGGCAGGUGGGUUUUAAUGCCAAGGAUGCCCCUGACAAGGGAGCAGAUGAGGCAGCCCUCUUAUCUCUGGCAUUUCCCUUCCUAUCCUGUGACAUCGGCUCAGUUGGAGUCCUGAGACAUGCUAGGGUACCAGAGUGAGGGGAUUCCAGCAGGGCUUAGAAGACAGGCUGGAUGUGAGGAGGGAGAACGCAGGAGGGAAAGCCUUGCCUCGAGGGCAGGGGAUUGACACGAUUGAGCAGCUGGGCUGGAGCGGCUGCUUCCGUGUUGAGGCCUCCCCCUUGGUGGGGACCACCUAGGUGGCUACCAUUUAUCCAGCAGGAGUUGUGGGCCUGCCUAGUCCAUUCCUUUUUCAUAUCCUACAAGGAAUGAAUUUUCUUAAUCCCCAGUUUACAGAUGAGGAAGGAGAGGCUCUAGACUUGCUGAGAGAGGAGUCGACAACAGGAAGAAGUGAAGUGGAUCCUGGAAGCUUCCUAUGAAAGCAGGUGGGACAGCGAAAUGGCUAAGCACAUGGCCAGGCUCUGAACUCUUCUGCGGCCGAGUUCCUGCACUGACCUCUCCAGCCUCAGUUUCUACUUCUGUAAAGUGGUGCUAUUGCUAUGGUAGCUGAAAGGAGGUCAGAUAAAAGCUGCAAUAAUAACUAUUGUUAUUGUUUUCCUUUCCCCCUAGCACACAGUCCCACGGCCACCUUUGAGCACCUUCAGCCGAGUUAUGCGUGCCAGAGGCCCCCCUGGCCUCCCGACCCCGGCGCUGCCUCUCGCUUCCUCUGUCCUGAUGCUGCUAAUGAGCGCCCUGUGGCUGUUGGGGGCCGGCCCCAGCCUCGUCCUGGCCCCAGAGCUGCUGCUGGACCCUAGGCAGGCGCACCGGCUGCUCACACAUGCCCUGGGCCACACGGCCCUCCCCGGCCUGCUGCUCAGCCUGCUGCUCCUGCCCACGCUGGGCUGGCAGCAGGAGCGCCACCUGGGCACACUGCGGUUCCUGCAUGCCUCCAGCCUGCUCGCGCUGGCCUCCGGGCUGCUGGCGGUGCUGCUGGCAGGCCUCGGGCUGUCCAGUGCAGCCGGGGGCUGCGGGUACAUGCCCGUCCACCUGGCCAUGCUGGCAGGACAGGGUUCUCGCCCUCGACGGCCCCGGGGGGCCCUGCGAGCGUGGCUCCUGCCUUGGCUGCUGCUCGCCCUGACACCACUGCUCAGCUCCGAGCCACCCUUCCUGCAGCUCUUCUGUGGCCUCCUCGCCGGCCUGGCCUACGCGGCCGGGGCCUUCCGGUGGCUGGAGCUCUCGGAGUGGCGGCUGCAGGCGCUGCAGGAGGGUGUCCUAUGCAGGGCCCUGGCAGGGUGCUGGCCGCUCCGGCUCCUCCCCGCCCCAGGUGGCCCAGCUGAGCUGCCUGUCGCCCAUCCCGCCGGAGCGAGGCCCCCCACCCCUGGACCUCCCCACAUGGCCUCCCCUAGCCUCUGGCCCCUCAGUGAAGGCUCAGCCCCGAUCCCGCCGGGCCUGAGGCCUGUGCAGCCGCUCUGGGAGGGCUCCUCAGAGGCUGGACUGGCCUGGUCUGGGCCUGGCUUUACCCCGGGGACCCCACUGUGGGCAGCCCUGGACCAGCAGAUGCUACAGGAGGGGAUCGAGGCCUCGCUGCUUGAGGGCCCAGCCCAGGGCCCCAACAGCCCACUCUGGCUGCCUAAGUCCUCCGUCUCCUCUCUGCGGCUGCAGCAGCUGGAACGCAUGGGCUUCCCCACGGAGCAGGCGGUGGUGGCCCUGGCGGCCACGGGCCGAGUGGAGGGGGCUGUUGCACUGCUGGUCGGCGGGGAGGUGGGCACCGAGGCGCUGGUGACUCAGGGGAGGGGAGGGCCCGCCCACCCUGAGGGUCCUGGGCCCCCGUAGCACAGGCAGGCCCUCGGGUGAGAAGAGCCCUAGCCCUGUCUGCUGAGAGUCAGGAGGGGGUCUGGGGUAGCCCCCCAGCACCCUGCCCCGGUACUGUUCAGAAUAAAACCCAGUUCACUUUUCAGCCUGGAUCUGGUGGGGCAGUGCUUGUCUGACUCUUAGGUUGGCAUCAGGGGGCUGAGUGAAUGAGCGAGCAGUGAACGAACGGCUGACUGCAGCAGGGCAGUGCUUGCUAGACGCCUGGCCGGGGCUGGGGAUGACCUGAGCCUCUGCUCUGCCCCCCGACC